GCGGGGGGCUGCAGGGCACGGGGAGGGCUGCCCGGGGCAUGCCAGCCUCCCGGAGCAUCCCAGGGCAUGCCCCAUCCCGAGGCAUCCCCGCAUCCCGGAGCGUCUCUGCAUCCCGGAGCAUCCCAGCUCCCCGGAGUGUCCCCGAUCCCGGGGCAUCGCAGCCUCCCGGAGCAUCCCCGCAUCCUGGAGCGUUCCCGCAUCCCGGAGCGUCUCCGCAUCCUGGAGCAUCCCUCAUCCCGGGGCAUGCCAGCCUGCCGGAGCAUCCCAGCUCCCCGGAGCGCUCCCGCAUCCCGGAGCAUCCCUGCGGCUUCUCCCCGCCGCCGCCCAGUCCCUCCCCGCCCGGCUGUCACAUCUCUCCUUGCCCAGGUGUCCCCGUGGCCGGCAGGGUCCCCCCCGCAGCACCCCGCGGUCGGGGCAGCCUCGCCGCCCCUCGGGGACAUCGCGGCCAAGUGUCCCCGCGGUGCUGCGGGAGCGGGGAUGUGGCGCUGAGGGGACAGGGGGUGCCGGCAGGAGAUGGGGGUGCCGGUGCGGGAAGCGUCUCUCCCUCUCCCCUCCUCUCCUCGAGUUCAGCCAUCCCUCGUUCCUGCCUGAGGGCGACUCGGCUGCCUCCCCGCACGGUCCCUGCAGCCAAAGGGAUGCGAAGUUUCCCUCGUGGCCGCUGCAAAAGGCGCCGGGAGAGCGGCUGCGAGUCCCGGGGGGCUCCUCCGCUGCCCUCCCUCCCCGAUCCGCCCUCGCUGCGAUGGAGCUGCAGCCGUGCGGGGCUGGGCAUCCCCUGUCCCCGCUCUGCUGGAGAGCUGCGGCCGUGCCUGAGCUUCCCGCUUUGGGAAUGGCUGGGAAAACCGUUCCAGUCUGUCGGUCUGUCUUCCCUGAGCACGGAAAAUCGGGCACCUUUCUCCUCCUGCUCGUGCUUUCUGACAGCGCCUCUGCUGCAGCUCUGCUGCUCUCGGAGCAUUCCGUGUAGUGGUUGUGCUGCUCAGUCAAUGAAACUAGAAAUUUUUUUUCCACGUUGUCACGGUUUAUGAGGUCCAUUUAUUAUUCUUAUUUUUUUUCCCCCCGCUUGUUUUAGCCAGGGAAUCCAAUUGUGCGUCUGCCUGGGCAUGUCUGUCACCGUGGGCAUUUGCAAGGUGAUUUGUUCUGUAGUGAAGCGGCGGAAAGAAUUGUUUCCCCUCUGGUUGGGGACACGGUGACACCUUCAAAGUGCUCCGAGGCUGGGCUGGGAUUAAAUAAUGGAUUAUGCUGUAAAACCGAAGGAAAAUUCAGAGCGGAGAGGGCAAUGCGCUGUGUUUGGGGCGGGCUCGCAGGACUGCAUCCCAUCCCUGCUGGGCUCUGCACGGGCUGGGCUCGGGGCUGCCCCUGCCUGCAGCGGAGCGAGGCCAUUCAGGGGGAAGCUCCUCGUGCCCGGGGAGCUGCAGAGAGAGGGGGGACGGAAUCGGGGUGUCGUGUCCGUGCCUCGGGGUGUCCAUAUCUCCGGGUGCCGUGUCUGUGCCCCGGGGUGUCUGUACC